ACCAUGGAACCAUACACCAUUUGGGAACACGUUUUGAUGCCAUUGACGGAUGUAAUACGUGUUUGUGUAUGGAACACGGUGUGGCAUGUACGGAAAUGGCUUGUAUCAAACCGUCUGCUGGUACGUGCAACUACCACAGAACAAUUUAUAAUGUCGGAGAUUCGUUUAAUUCUACCGACGGCUGUAACACGUGUCAUUGCACAUCAAAUGGUGUGUCUUGUACUGAAAUGUUCUGUGCUGUUUUACAUCCAACUGUGCAGCAAGCAAAACAUGUCAGGUCUUCAGUUUACCAGAUUGGGUUUAAUUGUAACUAUAAUGGUAAACAAUUCAAUGUUGGAGAAAGUUGGCCAGCUACAGAUGGAUGUAAUACCUGUUCCUGUCAGUCCGGAAAACUAGUUGUUAGAAUGACUUGUUCAGAAAAUGAUUGUGAUAGUGUUGGAGAUUGUGCGUACAGUGGAAAAUCAUAUAAGAUGGGAGAAUCCUUUCCAAGCAUCGACAAAUGUAAUACAUGCACGUGUGGUUCUCACAGUUCUGUGUCAUGCACUGAGAUGGCAUGUUUAUUCACCGUUGACCCAGAACAUUUAAUCAACUUGGGAAAAAGAUCAUCUGUAUAUCAACGUGGAUUCCAUUGCCAGUAUGAAGGAAAGCAAUUUAAUGUUGGCGAAAGCUGGACAGCCUCAGAUGGUUGUAAUACAUGCACAUGUAAUGCUGGAGAUAUUCUAGUUCGCAGGACAUGUACUGAGAAAACUUGUGCAUUCGUUGGAGAUUGUGCGUACAAUGGAAAAUCAUUUAAGAUGGGAGAAUCCUUUCCAAGCAUCGACAAAUGUAAUACAUGUACGUGUGAUUCAGACGGUUCUGUGUCCUGUACUGAGAUGGCAUGUUUAUUCACCGUUGACCCAGAACAUUUAAUCAACUUGGGAAAAAGAUCAUCUGUAUAUCAACGUGGAUUCCAUUGCAAGUAUGAAGAAAAGCAGUUUAAUGUUGGCAAAAGCUGGGCAGCCUCAGAUGGUUGUAAUACAUGCACGUGUCAUGCUGGAGAUCUUCUGGUCCGCAUGACAUGUACUGAGAAAAAUUGUGCAGUCGGAGGGCAGUGCGCAUACCAUGGAAAAGCCUAUAAAGUUGGGGACUCGUUUCCAAGCGCUGACAAAUGUAACACAUGUUUCUGUGAAGCAGACGGAUCUGUCCCCUGUACUGAAAGGUUUUGUUUAUUGAAUGAAAACCAAGGUUGAUCACGUAGAUAAUGUUAUGGCAUUGUGUACAAAGAAAUUCUGACACUUCUGUUAACCACAGAAAGAUAAACUUACAUAAAACACUUUUUUAAUUAAAAUGAUUUUAUUUAGCAUAUAUUACUUUGAAGCAUGUUAUAUGUCGUAAUAUAAGCUCGUAUACCCAUACGAGAAUUCACAAAGUCUCACCUAUGUAUAUUGCAAUUUUCGCGCAAAGUACAAAUAUGAAGGGUGCACGUGCUGUUUAUGGUAUUAGUAGUAAGAUAUUCAUACCAUAAAAUGUUUUCGGAAAUUAUAUAUGAAUAUUUGAUGUAUUGUUUGUCACGUAAUGGAAGUAAUCUUUCCUAUUGACAAUCCUUAUACCGAUAUUUGUGCAGCGGAAUGAUUUGAGUUCGAUAAAUCUUUAAAACAAAAUUAUCAAAAAUAAGAUUAUUUUGUUUAUACAGUUUUGAUUUAGAAGAAAAACCGUCAUUGCUAGAAAAUACAAAUGAUAACACCAUUACAAACACGAUUCCAUUUUAAU